AAGUCAGUGGGUCUGGCUUCCAAAUGUCAUGGCGGCCACAGUAUCGCAGUUCCAAGUUUCGAAAUGUCUAUGGCAAAGUGGCCAAUCGAGAGCACUGCUUUGAUGGGAUUCCGAUUACCAGGAACGUCCAUGACAACCAUUUCUGCGCAGUCAAUACCAGAUUCCUUGCCAUAGUAACCGAGAGUGCUGGUGGGGGCUCUUUCCUGGUCAUUCCACUGGAACAAACUGGUCGAAUUGAACCAAACUACCCCAAAGUCUGUGGCCACCAGGGGAAUGUGCUCGAUAUCAAGUGGAACCCUUUCAUUGAAAACAUCAUUGCUUCUUGCUCAGAAGACACUUCAGUUCGGAUAUGGGAAAUCCCAGCGGGAGGCUUGAAGCGCAACAUGGCAGAGGCCGUCCUGGAGUUGUAUGGGCACAGCCGACGUGUUGGCAUCAUCGAGUGGCACCCAACCACCACCAACAUCCUCUUCAGUGCUGGAUAUGACUAUAAGGUCCUCAUCUGGAACUUAGAUAUUGGCGAGCCAGUGAAGAUGAUUGACUGCCACUCUGAUGUCAUCCUUUGCAUGUCCUUCAACACAGACGGCAGUUUGCUGUCCACCACUUGCAAAGACAGGAAGCUACGGGUCAUUGAGCCACGUUCAGGCAAAGUCCUCCAGGAGGCAAACUGCAAGAACCACCGUGUGAACCGUGUUGUCUUCUUGGGGAACGUCAAGAGGCUUCUGACAACUGGUGUGUCACGCUGGAACACCAGGCAGAUUGCCCUCUGGGAUCAGGAAGAUCUGUCCAUGCCACUGAUAGAGGAGGAGAUUGAUGGAUUAUCAGGGCUUCUCUUCCCAUUCUAUGAUGCUGACACCCACAUGUUGUACCUGGCUGGCAAGGGAGAUGGGAAUAUCCGAUACUAUGAAAUCAAUACUGAGAAGCCAUACCUGAGCUACCUAAUGGAAUUCCGCUCUCCAGCCCCCCAGAAAGGCCUUGGAGUGAUGCCGAAGCACGGCCUGGAUGUGUCUGCGUGUGAGGUGUUUCGAUUUUACAAGCUCGUUACGCUGAAAGGAUUAAUUGAGCCAAUCUCUAUGAUUGUACCGAGGAGAUCUGAAACGUACCAGGAAGAUAUCUAUCCAAUGACUCCAGGCCCAGAACCAGCCCUCACCCCGGAUGAAUGGCUGAGUGGAAUGAACAGGGAUCCCAUAUUGAUGUCUUUAAAGGAAGGCUAUAAGAAAGAAUCCAAAGUAGUUUUUAAACCACCAAUUAGAGAGAAGAAGAGUGUUGUUGUCAAUGGGAUAGACCUCUUGGAAAAUGUACCACCCAGAACAGAGAAUGAGCUCCUCCGAAUGUUCUUCCGGCAACAAGAUGAGAUCCGGCGACUGAAAGCUGAGCUUUCGCAGAAAGACAUCAAAAUCCGACAGCUACAGUUGGAAUUGAAAAACUUGCGCAAUAGUCCCAAAAACAAUGGACUCUGAAAAUCGUUUUCUAAACAAACUCUUUGUUUAUACCCACGCUUUAAUUUUACUGUAUCAACUUAACACACGAUAUGAGCCAGAGACCCUGUGCCAGCGCAGGGGUGCACCUGCUAACUGGAAGCCUGUUCUUCUGUGGUCAUUGCCUAGCGCUAAAAAGUUGUUUGUACGAUUUAACUUGAGAACUACUGCAUGAAAAGAACAAGGGGUGUAUGUAUUCCAAAUUUCUCUUGAAGUAAGUAGAAGCGUACUGCUAUUUGUGAUUUUUGCAAAAUUACAGAAUCAUUUUUCAUCCCUGAUUGUUCCAGGGAUGAAAAAGCACAACAUUGUAAGCCCAGCAGAAAGCAACUGAAUUUAUUAGUAUUUACCUUUUUUUUCUUGUGCAAAGUGUGACUGUCAAUACACAGUGGGUACACCGCUGGAAUGCAGGCACACAAAACUGAAAAGAUCCAUAGAAGAGCCAAGGGGAAUGGCUUCCCCUCUGCUGGGAACUGUCCUGGGGUGUGCCAUGCAGUUGCAAGAGCCCUAGAGAUAAACUUGAUAAAAGACGGAGAUGGAUGCUGUUAAGUGGCAAGCAGAUGACGCCUUUGAGGGAAUAGAGUCUGAAAUACAAAUGUGAAUAUAUCAAUCAUGUAGGCAUAUCAGAGAUCAUUCUCUUUACCAAGAGAGUCCCAUAUGAAGGGGCCGACAGGGACUUUGCAGGUGGUUAAUCUUAACCCAGCAAAAGUUAAGCACUUUUAAUGUACCUUCCAUAAGAACUGUUGGAGUUAUAGGUGUGUUUUAUUCGUUUCUCUAGAAGCAGUGGACUGUAGGACUGUAUUUGUAACUGCGUAUAGAUUUGCAAGUAAGGCACAAUACUGGACAGUGCCAGGCUACAAUAUGUUAAAUCUGACGCUCCUGUCCUUACAGUUUUCAAACAGAUUCAUAGCUCAGGUCCUUCAGCAGCUGAUGGAGCAGUUGGCAAAGGGCCAAUUUGUGGCAAGAAAAGGGGAUGGCAGUCCUCACCCAAGUGUGCCCAGGGAGAUGGGUUGCCGUUGCCCACCCUGUCUAAAUGCAGGUUUGCUUGCUGAUGAAUGAUCUAAUCAUGGGGUGCAAUGCCCUAAUAGUUUUCAUGGUGCUCACAAAACUGCAUGCCCAUUCUGAUUGUUUAGCCUAAAAAAAAUAGGGAGUUGGCAAGUUAAUGCCCAACAAAGUGCCAGCCUUUAGCAUCAGCCAGGGGCAUCUGUGGGGGUGGGGGUUUAAAAAUCAAUAUGGUGGCCACACGUUCAAAAGGGGGAGGGCUUUGCGUUGAUGGCACCAUCCUGGCCAUCUUGACUUCCUUUCCAAGAAUGCCUCUGGAGCUUAACAUCAUGCCUGUUCCCACAGGCAUUCGCUGGGCAAAGAAGGGGAGAGGGGGUGCUCAACCCAGUGCUUUUCGUAAGUGUACCUGCCUGCCCAGAAAGCACGAUAUCGAAGAGGGCUGGCAGGAGGCACCCUGCAGAAGAAAGGGCUGGAGGGGGAGGGAGGGAGGGGCAUGGUUCCUCCAUAAUAGCCACUUUGUGAGGGCACCUGCAUGUCCUCCAGUUUCCGCAUAUGCCAGCUGCUGUCUCCCACAGGCGGAGCCCGUUCUGUCCCCGCCUUCACACCUUGCUCAGCCACUGCUGGCUGGUCGGGGCUUCUGGGUCUCCCGCUCCGGGAACGCUAUUCGUUGGUUGGUGGGACAUCCCAGAGGAGUCGUGUCUUCCAGGCUGGCUCCUCGUACGUCAUGGCCAACCUCGAAGUCAAGGGGCAGGACGUUUUGCACAGAUGCUGGGCAGGGGGGCAGCUCAACCUAAUGGCCCUGCUCCUGGCUGCCUCAAGGCUGCCCUGAGUGUAGCCUUACCUUAUCUGGGCUGCAAAAAUCCAGGUGGCGCAAGAUGGCAGCCGCCGUCCAGUGUUCUGCAUCUCUUGGCGGCCAUCUGGUGCUCUUGGAAUUUUGCUGACUGGAUCUGGCAGCCCUUCUCCAGGGGCAAAGAACAGGCUUUGCUCUACCACGGGCCGCUCUGUCCUCCCAAGACCGUUCUCAGCGUCACCCUGGAAUCUGCUUUCUUAGUCCUCAUUACUAGGAACAGCACAUGCAGUUUCAGGAAAAAUGCAAUCAAAAGGUAAAUUUUGCAGGAGGGUCAGGCAGAAGCACCUGCCAAUGGAAUAAGCCCAGCACAGCUUUCAGCUUGGAGUCAUCCGGAUGUGUUGAGUACCCAGAAUUUCCAGGCAGGAUGGCCAAUGCAUCCCGAAGGCAUACAGCUGGAGAAAACCGGCUUAAUGUUGAAUUCCCUAUGCCCCUCUCUCUCAGAAAAAAAAAAGCGGCUGGCUGGCUGCCCCUGCAGAUGGGGGGGAAAGCUGUGAUCCUGCAUUGCCUUUGCUGCAAGCUCUUCUAGUGGGGGUUCUCCUCUCCUUCCAGAGACACACCCUUUGCUCAUAAACAAGAUAGGGGUAAUUUUGUUUGUGGAAUCUUGACUAAAUUAAACGGCAACUGAGUUUCGGUGCCCACUGGAUGGGAAGAAGUGAAGUUCUCUAGAAGAUCCUUGCGUUCUUGAAUGAGACAACUUGUAUUGGGAAGUUAUUUACACAUUACCUAGAGAGGUUUGCAUCAUGAGGGCAGCGCUGGGCCUUUCAGCACACCUGCUAAAAGGGUUAGGAGAGGAUUUGUAAAUGCAGGACUUAGAAGUCAAGCAGCACUUGGAACUUCUGGAAACAGCAGGAGUAUAAAAUGCUGGCCCUGGAUCAGCCAGCCCAUGCAGCUGUAUUAAUGAUAAUCCUGGCUCAGAUCCAGCUAGCUCUGGCUUUCAGUAAGCUAACUGGCUGGCCAGCUCCAAAAGACGAAGUGCAAGCAUUCAAAGCCAUUCAAGCCAUACCAGCCCCGCUCUACCCUCAACUUUGGCUUGGAAGUCAUCCCCGUUCAGAUGUUGUAGGGAAUAAGCCAGCAAGUUUAGAGGAUAGGCUUUUACUGUACAGAAGAUUGAAUCUGGCAGGAUCAGCUUUGUCCAUAACGGUCAGGAAAAAGCUCACCUUCAGGCUUCUUUCCUAAGGCAACUUCUCAGGGCGUCUGGUCCUGCUGCGUUUCACAUCUGCAACUCCAGUAUGUGGACAAUCACUUUCUUUGAAAAUUAGAGCCAGAUUGCAAAAGACUCCACAAUGUGCACCAAAGAUUUAUUUGGAGUCUACCUUUCAUCAAACUUUUAAUUCCCAAGAACAGCCAGGCAACUGGGCUUGUUUUCUGUUUGCACCCCUGCAAUCCAUGUUCACACUGUAUUCUGUGCCUAACACUGAUUUCCCUCCUGCACCACUUCACUGUUCUCACUUGCUUAUUAUUUAUGCUGCCCUACAAUAGUGACAAAAUAAAGCU